AUGAAAUUGUCACGGUUCUCGCCGCAUCAAACAGACACAAAUGUGGCUGUUUGCUAAUCUCAGGACAAAAUAGCCGAUUUGGAAAAAUUCUCAAACAUGUUAGUCACUGAAUUGCUACCUUAGCUGAUUUUUGUAAUUUGGUUUUCAAUUCUCUGUGGUGAAUAAACUCUUCACAAAUAUUCACUAAGCCAAGAAUUGUGGAGAAAUGGCAAUUACAUUAAACUGAAAACGUUAAGCCAAAAAAGCCAAGUUUAAAAAAAAGAAAGAAAAGAAUUAACUUAUUUUAGUGUCAAUCAUCAUAUCCAUUUCGAGCAAUAAUCUCCGUUAUCACCAGUAACUUCCAGCGAGCUGAGAGGCCUCACACACUAUAUCCACUUCGAGCAAUAAUCUCCGUUAUCACCAGUAACUUCCAGCGAGCGGAGAGGCCUAACACACUAUAUCCACUUCGAGCAAUAACCUCCAUUAUCACCAGUAACUUCCAGUCGACCUCACACACUAUAUCCACCGAGCAAUAACCUCCGUUAUCACCAGUAACACCAGCGAGCGGAGAGGCCUAACACACUAUAUCCACUUCGAGCAAUAACCUCCAUUAUCACCAGUAACUUCGAGCAGAGGCCUCACACACUAUAUCCACCGAGCAAUAAUCUCCGUUAUCACCAGUAACUUCCAGCGUAGCGGAGAGGCCUAACACACUAUAUCCACUUCGAGCAAUAACCUCCAUUAUCACCAGUAACUUCCAGCGAGCGGAGAGGCCUAACACACUAUAUCCACUUCGAGCAAUAACAUCCAUUAUCACCAGUAACUUCCAGCCACCUGAGAGGCCUCACACACUAUAUCCACUUCGAGCAAUAACCUUCAUUAUCACCAGUAACUUCCAGCGAGCUGAGAGGCCUCACACACUAUAUCCACUUCGAGCAAUAAUCUCCGUUAUCACCAGUAACUUCCAGCGAGCGGAGAGGCCUAACACACUAUAUCCACUUCGAGCAAUAACCUCCAUUAUCACCAGUAACUUCCAGAGAGCGGAGAGGCCUCACACACUAUAUCCACUUCGAGCAAUAAUCUCCGUUAUCACCAGUAACUUCCAGCGAGCGGAGAGGCCUAACACACUAUAUCCACUUCGAGCAAUAACCUCCAUUAUCACCAGUAACUUCCAGCGAGCAGAGAGGCCUCACACACUAUAUCCACUUCGAGCAAUAAUCUCCGUUAUCACCAGUAACUUCCAGCGAGCGGAGAGGCCUCACACACUAUAUCCACUUCGAGCAAUAACCUCCAUUAUCACCAGUAACUUCCAGCGAGCGGAGAGGCCUAACACACUAUAUCCACUUCGAGCAAUAACCUCCAUUAUCACCAGUAACUUCCAGCGAGCGGAGAGGCCUAACACACUAUAUCCACUUCGAGCAAUAACAUCCAUUAUCACCAGUAACUUCCAGCCACCUGAGAGGCCUCACACACUAUAUCCACUUCGAGCAAUAACCUUCAUUAUCACCAGUAACUUCCAGCGAGCUGAGAGGCCUCACACACUAUAUCCACUUCGAGCAAUAACCUUCAUUAUCACCAGUAACUUCCAGCCACCUGAAAGGCCUCACACACUAUAUCCACUUCGAGCAAUAACCUUCAUUAUCACCAGUAACUUCCAGCGAGCGGAGAGACCUCACACACUAUAUCCACUUCGAGCAAUAACCUCCAUUAUCACCAGUAACUUCCAGCGAGCGGAGAGGCCUAACACACUAUAUCCACUUCGAGCAAUAACCUUCAUUAUCACCAGUAACUUCCAGCCACCUGAAAGGCCUCACACACUAUAUCCACUUCGAGCAAUAACCUCCAUUAUCACCAGUAACUUCCAGCGAGCGGAGAGGCCUAACACACUAUAUCCACUUCGAGCAAUAACCUCCAUUAUCACCAGUAACUUCCAGCGAGCGGAGAGGCCUCACACAGUAUAUCCACUUCGAGCAAUAACAUCCAUUAUCAUCAGUAACUUCCAGCGAGCUGAGAGGCCUCACACACUAUAUCCACUUCGAGCAAUAACCUCCAUUAUCACCAGUAACUUCCAGCGAGCGGAGAGGCCUCACACACUAUAUCCACUUCGAGCAAUAACAUCCAUUAUCACCAGUAACUUCCAGCGAGCUGAGAGGCCUCACACACUAUAUCCACUUCGAGCAAUAACAUCCAUUAUCACCAGUAACUUCCAGCGAGCGGAGAGGCCGCACACACUAUAUCCACUUCGAGCAAUAAUCUCCGUUAUCACCAGUAACUUCCAGCGAGCUGGGAGGCCUCACACACUAUAUCCACUUCGAGCAAUAACAUUAAUUUGUGUACUAUGCAUGAUACAUUGUAAAUGUUAA